UAGGUGAUUGAAGUAGCAUGGUAUGAUUAAAGUGAGGCAUUAUUGGCAGUGUUCGAAGGAAACGCAAACAUGUUUUUGGCGUAUUAGCAGAUUGCCGGGAUGCUGACGUCAUCAUCUGUCAUCAACGCCAAUUCCUUCCCUCCUUCUUCCGCAAUUCUUCUCUUUCCCAAUUCUCUCUUCUCUCUCUAAAAUAUUAAUACGAUUCCCAAAUACUCUCUCUUUCUCUCUCUAGGGUUCCUCUUUCUCUCUCUCUCUCUCUGCGGCAAUCACACUCUCUCCGAUUAAAAAAAUGGAUGGAGGCCGUGGUGCUACCGGUGUGGAUAUGUUUCUUCCAAAUUAUAAACUUGGAAAAACACUUGGCAUUGGAUCCUUUGGCAAGGUGAAAAUUGCAGAACAUGUAUUGACCGGUCAUAAAGUUGCCAUUAAGAUUCUUAACCGUAGGAAGAUAAAGAACAUGGAAAUGGAAGAAAAAGUGAGAAGAGAAAUCAAAAUUUUAAGACUGUUCAUGCAUCCUCACAUUAUUCGGCUUUAUGAGGUUGUAGAAACUCCAACUGACAUCUACGUUGUGAUGGAAUAUGUGAAAUCUGGAGAGCUCUUUGACUACAUAGUAGAAAAGGGCAGGUUGCCAGAGGAUGAAGCCCGCAAUUUUUUUCAGCAGAUAAUCUCUGGUGUGGAGUACUGUCACAGAAAUAUGGUGGUUCAUAGAGACUUGAAGCCAGAGAAUUUACUUUUGGACUCCAGGCGCAAUGUCAAGAUAGCAGAUUUUGGCUUGAGCAACAUCAUGAGGGAUGGUCACUUUCUUAAGACAAGCUGUGGAAGCCCUAACUACGCAGCUCCGGAGGUUAUCUCUGGGAAAUUGUAUGCUGGACCUGAAGUAGAUGUUUGGAGCUGUGGUGUAAUUCUCUAUGCCCUUCUUUGUGGCACCCUUCCUUUUGAUGAUGAAAACAUUCCAAAUCUCUUCAAGAAAAUAAAGGGCGGGAUAUACACUCUUCCUAGUCAUCUCUCACCUGGUGCUAGAGAUUUGAUACCAAGGAUGCUUGUGGUUGAUCCUAUGAAGAGGAUGACCAUACCUGAGAUCCGUCAACACCCAUGGUUCCAGGCUCGUCUUCCUCGUUAUUUAGCUGUGCCACCACCAGAUACAAUGCAACAAGCAAAAAAGAUUGACGAGGAGAUCCUUCAGGAAGUAGUGAAUAUGGGAUUUGACAGGAAUCAGUUGGUUGAAUCACUUCGCAACAGGAUGCAAAAUGAGGGUACUGUAGCAUACUAUUUGUUAUUAGACAACAGAUUCCGUGUUUCCAGUGGCUAUCUUGGAGCUGAGUUUCAAGAGUCAAUGGAUUCUGGUUUUAACCAAAUGCAUCCCAGUGAAGUUGUUUCUCCAGUUCUUGGGCACCGCAUUUCCAGCUAUAUGGAUAACCCAGGUGUAGGAUUGAGACCACAGUUGCCAGUUGAGAGAAAAUGGGCACUUGGGCUUCAGUCUCGUGCCCACCCUCGUGAAAUAAUGACCGAGGUUCUCAAAGCCCUUCAAGAAUUACAUGUUUGUUGGAAGAAGAUUGGGCUGGUAAUCAUGAAGGGAUGGUUAACAAUCACUACUUUGGAGAUGAUUCCAGCAUUAUUGAGAAUGAUGCUGUUUCUAAUACUAAUGUGGUCAAGUUUGAAGUGCAGCUUUACAAAACUCGGGAAGAAAAGUAUCUGCUUGAUCUUCAAAGGCUCCAAGGUCCACAAUUUCUCUUCUUGGAUCUUUGUGCUGCUUUCCUUGCACAGCUUCGUGUUCUCUAGAACACAGAGCUUGUAAACUUGAGAUGCGUCGCAUGUCGCAUCUUGCAUAUGAAUAAAGCCUGCAACGUUGUACAUAAAAAAGUGACAUUUUCAGUCUUUUUACUCUAUCUUCUGUUCAUACCCCUGUUUUUCUGUGGGAAAUCAUUAUUUCGAGCCAAUCCAAAAUAUGGGAUUGACUUGGUUAAUAGUGGUGUUUGACUAGGUUUCCCUUUCUGAUGGUGAAUCUAAUUUAAUCAAUGUAGUGAAAUAUUUAACUAUCUGUAUGCUGUUCAGCCUAGUGUUGUAAAUUGCUAUUUGGACGUGGAAGCAGAAGGGUGUGCCCCUUUAGUCUCUAGGGUGGGUCUAAAUGGAACUUGCCUAUCUAGCCUCUUGUUUUUACUUUGCAUGUAAUUUCAGAUUAAUCUGUCUACAUUGGCUGUAACAGUCUUGUUUAUCAGGCAUUAACCAAAGUCUAUAUUUUCUAGAUACAUGCUGCUGUAGCACUUUAGCAUUUGC